AUGGACAAAGUUUGGAUGUUCCAUUAUGAUGGCAAAUGGACGGCACAAAAUGAUAAAAUGAUCAUCAAUAUUUUGGUGAAUUCUCCAAUCGGUAGUGUAUUUCUUGGUUCUGUUAAUGCUAGCAAUGAAUCUAUCGAUUCCACCAAAAUGUACAACUUGUUUGAAAGAACUAUUGAAAGAAUUGGAUCGAAAAUUAUUGUAAAAAUUGUCACCGAUAAUGCUAAAGCGGGAAGCAUGAUGAUGGAUGUGUACCCAUACAUUUAUUGGACUUCAUGUGCUGCUCAUUGCAUCAACUUGUUCUCUCAACCGAAUGAACUUCAAAUAAAUUUGGAAACUUUGGGGAAAGAAGUUGUCAACCUUCUUAUUUCUGCCAAGUUUUGUAGUGAUGUUGUUCGGGCACUUACAAUUUGUGGCCCUUUGACAAUAGUGCUUCAUUUGGUGGAUGGGGAGAAAAAACCACCAAUGAGCUAUAUUUACGAAGCAAUGGAUAAAUCUAAAGAAACUAUUGAGUGGGGUUUUCCUAGAGUUAAGAAGCAAUAUGAGAAAGUGUUUGAAAUUAUUGAUGCAAGGUGA